AUGGCGAAGGGAAUCCACGGCCUGGCAGAGGUUAUAUCCUUUGUAUGCACUGCCCCUCGGCACAAGGAUAGCGUGCACGUCCGCUCGACUGGUUUCUCAAGUCCUGCAGACCGCGUAGAUUUCCCGAACGUCACCGAUACAUGGAAGCCGACAAUCAGCGUGGUUAUCCCUCUGUGGGAGGAGGCCGGCGUGUUGCGCAUCUACGUGGACUCCCGUCCCGUGGAUCGCGACGCAGAGGCAUCAGAAUCGCCCGAGUCGUCUCUUCUUGUUCGCUUGGCUUUUGAAUGGGGUCUUUUGGCUUUCAUUGUGCUCCUUGGAAAGGGGUUCGUCUCUUUGGUUGCUUUCGCACUGGGAGAACUUGGUAAGCUUGGCCGAUUCCUCGAGGGUACACCCAAGGUAGGCCUCUACCUUGCGGCCGACAGUGCCCCAUCUCUAUACGAGGAGGUGGACGCUCUGGUCGAAGGAAAUGUGCUCUCGCAGGCUGUCGCGUCCGGUGCUGCUGAUCGUUCUCUCACCUUGUUCGGCACUUUGACUCCACUGGAGGUGCAACAGGUGUUGAAUAUCGUGUAUAUCCUCCCUCAGGUGGAGCAAGCGAUCUCUCGUCUGGAGCGCCAGCGGCUUGUUACUGUGUUCUCGAAUUUGGGAUUCCGCACCGUCCAAGAGCCGAUAGUCAAUCCCAACGGCAUCGUCGAUGGCCUCAUGGACACCGCCCAAGGCACGCCCGAUGUACUCGAUUCGUCUGCUCCCCACUUGCCGCGGAAGUGGGCCCUCGUGGUCCGCCGCCCGGAGAACCUGUCGCCACUUAUGGUGUUCCAACUUGUGUGUGCCUUGCUCGCCGGUUGGGAGCGUCAUACCGCGUCCGCGGUCCCUGACGCUGCAGGUUUGCAGGUGGCCGAAGAGCCAGAGAACGACGCAGACGGUGCACCUACCUCUGGCAGUCGGAGACGCAAGCGACCCAGCCAGGCCAAGAGAAAGCGCUACGCAAGGAGACUCAAGGAACGGGAAGAAGGUCUGAACGGGGCGGCGGAAGCUUUAGCAGAAGCUGCGCCCUCCCCGUCAGCUCGUCCGACCACCCGUGAACCUCCAGCGCCAACUCGAAGCCAGGGGCCCCGAUCUGGAGGCAACAGGGUUUCGUCUCAGGACGCGAGGCAUGGGCAAUAUGGCGGCCCUCAUCCGGCUCCCGCGCCUGUUAUGGGUGCAUAUCCGUCGCCGUAUGGCUGGCAGCCCAUGUACAGACAUCCGACUCCUCACUACUAUCCCGGCCAGUACUAG